AUGGGCGCUACACAGAAUGGGACGAAUUUGAAUGGGAAGACUCAUGGAUCAACUCAGGCUGCCGCUGGGAAGAAAGAGAAGUCACGACAAGGCUACUUCCGAUGGUCUCUGGCACUCGCUGUGAGGCUUUUUAUCUGGUAUACGGUUCUGACUCCUUUUCUCCAAUGUCCGUCUGAUCUCUCGGGCUUGGAUGAAUCCUCUCCUCGUGUUUGCAAGCCCUAUUUAAUCACGCGCUCCUAUAUCGACCCCCAUGUCGACCGCUAUUACCAAGCUUACGCUGCGCCUUACGUCGACCAAGCACGACCUUAUGCUAUUACGUUCAAUGAGCGCGUCUAUACUCCUGCUUCAAAACUCGCCAAAUUUGGGUAUCAGACGUAUGGUGCUCCUACUAUCGCCCACGUUACCGAAUAUGGUCAGGAGAAAUGGGAGUCCGUAGCAGUGCCUCAAAUCAAGACCAUCCAGAGCAGAGCGCAAACUGUGUAUCAGGACAAAUUAGAUCCUUACGUACAACAAGUCACCGCAGUUGUGACACCAUACACAGAUACAAUCUCCAGCCAUGCAACGAAUAUACAUGAAGGGUACAUUCUUCCUUUCUAUACCCGUUCGAAGCCAUUCGUCAUCCAGGCGUAUUCCUCUAGCCAGGACCUUGUUUCCGGGACAGUUGUUCCCAUGGCUCAUGAAGGAUGGACCACGCUAGCUGUCUUUGUCAAGAGCAAUCUCAUACCUACCAUCACCGGAUUGUACAGCCAAAAUGUCGAGCCACAACUCGUCAAAAUUGGGGAGAGAUUAGCUUCCUACCGUGAAGGCAAGAAAUUGAGAACUGUGGUGGAUGAGUUUGAAGGCUCUACUGCGGUUUUGACCACAACAACUGCUGCACCUACACCGACCUCAAUCAGUACCUCGCAGACUACAGAAGUCACACAAUCCACAACUAAGACUGUGGAGGCCCAAGCAUCUCUGACCCCGGAGCAGCAGAAGGAAAAGACGAGAGAACAAGUCGCUUCUGAUCUACUGCUUUGGCAACAAAAGUUCGCAGUGGCUGCUGAUAAUGGUGUCGAUGAUCUUGGAGAGCGAGUCAAGCAGAUUGUUACCAGUCAACUCGAAAGCGGAUCUAAGAAGCAUGCUGAAUCUUUGAUUGAGGCAUUAGAAACAGUUCAAGAACACGAGAUUUCGAAGAUCAAGCGACAUAUCACCUCCCUCGUUGAAGGACUUUCGCCAUAUGAUGCACCUGAAGAAGAGCAAAAAGCGAAUGAUGAUCUGUUACAGUAUAUACGCUCGUCAGGAGGUGCCAUCAGAGACCGUGCUCACGCGCUCCGCGAAUGGUACAAUGUAUUUGAACAGGAGCUUAACCGCCGGGUGACAGCCGCUGCCCACUCUACUCUGGAAGUUUUGGACGGAAUUCGCGACUUGGGACUGCAAGAGAUUGGCAUGCGAUGGGCUUGGAUGGAUUUUGUUACCUACAAGGACUGGGAGAAAUAUCACGCGCUGAGGAAGCAAUUCGACGAGUGGAGAGAAGAAGUUUUCCUGGCUGGUGUGCAGCAUGAAAAGGUCGAGGAAGCCAGGGCUACGGCCAAUGAUCUUCUCGGGCGCGGAAUGGCUGUUGCCGAAGACGCAGCCAAGGAACUUGCGCGUUUGAAAGACGUUGGCAAGUGGAAGAUCCAGGCCAGGGAAGUGAGCGAGGAUUUCGAAACUAGAACUGAGGCGCCUCCGCCAUUGCCCAAACCCGAAGAGGAGACUGUAGAGGAAGCCGAAUCUGAGGAGCCACUCCAAGAGACGGGCGAGCCUGAAGAAACCUCUACCGUUGUCGAAAGCGUGACCGAGACGACUACUGUGAAAAUCGAACUAGCAGACGCGACUCCAGAAGCUUCAGGCAAUACCGAAGCCAACGAGAUGACUUACGCAGAUGACCUUGAACACCUUGAUUCCAAGCAAGCAAAGGACGAGGCAGUGAUCAUUGAGAGUACAGUCUGGGGAGGAGUUGCGGCUCAAGUUGUAACAAAUCAAGUGCCCAUAUUUGAUGAUGACGAGGAUGAAACCAGCUUUGCCGAUCAUAUUAAGAGUCUAGCCAGCGAGGCCGGUGAACGAUACGCAGAAGCUACUAGAGCUGUUGGGGAUGCCCUUUUUACCCAGCCUAGCGCUCCCAGUUACGGAGAGCAAGCGGCCUCUAUGGCUARCGAACAGUAUUCUCGCGCUUUAGAAGCUGCUUCAAGCGUCCUGUACGGAACAACACCAUCGCCCGGCGAGCAGAUCGCUACUGCUGCGUCGGAAAAGUAUGAGCAGGCUGUUUCAGCUGCCUCUUCCGUCUUUUACAACUUCGCCGGCACUCAUACCAAAUCAUCCGCACUCGAGUCUGUAUCAUCUGUUGCCGUAUCGCGCUUGCAAGAGGGCCUCAGUGCGGCCUCGGCUCAGUUUGCUAGUUUAAAGGCGACAAUUGCGCCAACCCCUACCGCUACACGCGACCCUAUUUUUCUUGACGCCCAGCGCCGCUACUAUGAGGCUAUUGGCCUGGCCCAUGAUCGUUAUUCGGCAUUCGUUUCUUCUGCAUCCAAUGUGAUUUUCGAAGAGCCGACCCCCACUCCAACUCCACCACCUUUGAACCCUGAAGCUCUUCUGGAAAGUGCUAUCAGUGAGUACCAGUACAUUUCCGACCUUGCCUCUUCCAGCCUGGCUGCUGUGAUUUCGUCCGCCAGCUCAGCAGCAAACAAUGGCGGAGGAUCUGCUCGUGGCUUGAUUGAUGAUGCACUGUCCAGAUACAGCGACGCCAUGUCGGCAGCAUCGGAAUCGUUGUCUGUAGCUUCCGAGUCUGCCAGCUCAGCAAUUUAUGGAACACCCACUGGAACCUUUGAGUCGAUUACCAGCCAAGCCUCUGAACGCUGGGAGAGUAUCAUUUCACAAGCUAGCGAGCAGAUCUACGGCACACCGGCACCUUAUAUUCAGCAGCUGUAUGACGCUCAAGUAUCGCGAUACGAAGCUCUCGAAAGCUUCGUUUCUGAGCUUGUUGUAGGCAAAGAGCCUUCAUUCACUGAAAGUGUCAUGAGCAGAUUCCGAUCAGCAUAUGAGACACCCUAUCCCGCUGAAGCACUUGCCUCAGCAUCUAGCUACGCGAAUGACGCUUACUCUUCCGCCUCCUCAUUUGUCGCUKCCCACGCCACACCACCACCUGCAUUAGACGACAUCGUCAACGCAGCAACGGACCAAUUGAACUCUGCCGUAGACGCCGCGAGCGGCUACAUCUACGGUACUAGCAAGGGGCCUUACGAACAAGCAACAUCAGCAGCCGCUGAUGCAUACUCUUCCGCAUCUUCGCAAGUCAGCGAAGCCAUCUAUGGAACCCAUCCGGGGUACAUUGAAGUCGCUCGGUCUCAAGUGGACGCCGCCUUUUCCUCGGCUCAGACUGCGAUCAGCACAGCCAUCUACGGCACUCCGACUGGACGUGCUGAAGGUGCGAUGAGUGCCGCCAGCGAUGCAUAUGACUCCGUCACCUCUGCAGUCAAGGACAACGUCGCCGCUGCCGAGUCUAUGAUGAGUGAUGCUUAUUUGAACAUUCACUCGCAAGCCUCCGCUGUCCUUCAACCAGAGCAGCAGGGAGCCUUUGAAAGUGCCACUAGCAAGUUGGCACUAGCUGUUGAAAGUGCACAAGCUCGGCUUGCCUACCUCGCUUCGAACGUAGGCGAUGGUGCGGCCAAGGUUCAGUCUGAAGUCGUCAAAUCGGCUGAAAGCGUUAUCAGCAGCGCAACUAACAAGAUCAAGGACGAGCUGUAA